GAAAAAAAUUUAUUGCAAUGCACUUCUCUAGCUAUAUGACUGUCAGAAUGGUAACAUUUAACACUGCUAGGCAUAGGGGUAUCACUCUCUUGGCCUGUGGAGAAAGUUCCAAGGAGUGCAAUUUUAGUGCCGUUCAAGCAACAUUCCUAAGCAUGCAAACUUGUCAGUGCAUUCUCCAAUCUGAUGUAGUCAAUAGAGGCUGCCACAACCCUGAAAUCUUGAGUCCAGAGACUUGGUACUUCCUUCUAAUGUAAGAUGUUUUGUUUCCCUGAAGGCCACCUAUGCUUUUGGCUGAUUAAAGCCUGUUCUCCCUGCUUUUUCUUAUUUUGUGACCGCCCUCCAUAAAUGAGUGACUAUUUGAAAGAUAUAAAGGCUUCAGCUUACAUCAGUAUCUGGGUUCUUCUAAGAUGCUUACAUUGACACUCAGAAUGUUUAAAUGCUGAAGAACCAUUUUCUGUCCUCCAUUGUGUAGGCAAAACAUGUCCUUGAUUCUUUGCAGUAGUACUAGUGAGAUCACUGCGGUACUAAAUUACAGCACUCAAACCCAUGACAUAAUUUGACCCAAAUAACUCUAGCAGGUUUUGUCCUGGUUCAUGCAAAACCGGUUCCAGUGAGGACUUCACUAAGGCUUACAAUACUUGUUUGGAUAGACAAGCUGUAAAUCACACAUAAUUAAUUGUGUCAGGCUACAGUACUUGAGUAUGACGGCUACCAAGUCCUGCCUUGUGGAUGUACUGAAUUUGCUCCGAUUGAAAUUUUCCCUGUUGGAAAGCAAUCCCAUUUUAUCUGUCCCCCAGUUAUGCAGAAGAUGGGCUAGGCUGUAUGUGGAAGAAUUUAGUUUCUAAACUUAAGCAAGUGGUGAAAGCAUUUGCUUGGCUGAGACCAUGAAUCCCAAGGAUUUGUUACUGCAGGAUUUCCAAGAUUUAGAGUUAGAAAGGAACUGCAAGGGUCAUUUUGUCCAAUCCCCGUCAAUGCAGGAAUCCUGCCCACAGCCAACCCUGGAUGGGCUUGAACCACCAACCUUCUGGUUAAUUGCCAGAUGCACUGAUCCAUUGCACCACAGGAGGGCCCGUAUAUAAGCAAUGUAGGUUAUUUUCACUGUAAUACAUUUUGUUGAUUUUAAAUAUUUGUUUUUCAGUUUUUUAAAAGCAUUCUCUUGGUGUGUGUGUGUUGCCUCUCCAAAACAAAAAAUAAGUGAAACAGAAUUACAUAUGAGUAAACAUACAUGAAACAGGAAUGUGUAUGAUUUAAAGUUGGGUUUCCACAUGAUAACUAAUCUCAUGAGGACAAACUAGGGAAUGGCAUUCAUAUGUUGAAAGGGAGAAUUAAAAUCUUGCAUCAAACAUAAUCUUAUUUAAUUAAGGAUGUGCACAAUUGUACGCCUGCUCACAAAAUCAGUGGGACUUUGCUGCAGAAAGAUGCAUAGUGUAGCACUGUUGGUGUCCCUUUAGAUGUCACAUUAAGGGACACUCCUUGAAACUGCUAUUGUGCGUGUAUAGGAGAAAGACAGCAUAAUAAGAAAAUUUUAUUGAAAACACCAACACGUCACCUAACUCUCGUACCGGUAUAUAUUCGUUUAGAAGGCAAGGUUUUUUGCUGAGAAGACAUGGAUAAAUGAUUGCAGUUACAACCACUUUCUGCUCGAGGUAGUUUCUGAUUUGCACACAGAAAGGGAGGUGUAUUGUUACAUUAUAGGCUCUUCCCAAAAUGGAAAAAAAGGCAAAUGUACCCCUAGAGAUAGAAUGUUUAUAAUUCAAACAGCAAACAAUCAUUGCAGUGGGUAUUAAAUGCCACAACAGCAAAUGCUUCUGCAAAUGAUGCCUAAAUGAACGACGUUACAAGCUGAGUAAUUAUUGCUGGCACCUGAACUACUGAAGGCCCUGGUCUGUGUUGCUACAUGUUCACCUUACGCCUUGCAGCAGUAAAGUCUCCAGCAAUUUACUGAAAAAUCUCAUGGGCAAGUUGGGGAGCUCUGCCUUUGGGGGGAUCCAAAUCCCAAGUUUUGUUGGGCAUGUGCCAAGUAGGGUGCAGAGCAGGGUUUGGGGGCUUGCAUGAGGCAAUGCCUAGAGUUAUGGAGAGUCGCGACUGAGCAGGGUGGCCCUCCUGCUUAGACGAGCCCUGGCAUUAGUUUGACUCUUAACCAAAAGUUCUCCAUGCACAACAUAGGCCAGGAUGCGGCUUGUGUGUCUCCCUUGCGCCCAACUCCAGCUCUGGUGCAACCAGAAGCCUUCGGUCCCCGCUGAGCCGCAGGUAGGUAGCUAUACACUGCCAGGGCACUCCCCUGCAGUUUUAAAUCACGACGUUUAGAAUUGAUUCACAAAUGCAACAUUAAAAACACACAGCAAACAAAGGCAGAGACCUCAGGCAAAACAUAACUCUUAGACCAAGGGUGGCCAACUCCCAAGAGUGCGAUCUACUCACAGAGUUAAAAACAGGCAGUGAUCUAGCCCAUUUUGGGGGGUUCAGGUUGUUGAGCUUUUUUAAGGGAGGAAAGCCCAUUUUUAGGGGUUCAGGUCAAAGUUGUUGAGCUUUUUUAGGGGAGUCAAAGUUGUUGAGCUUCUUUGAGGGGAGCCAGUGAUCUACCGGUAGAUCACGAUCUACCUGUUGGACGUGCCUGUUAGACCAUCAGGCAAAACCCCUGGCAGAAUAAAAGUUUUUUUUAUUUUUGUUUGCUGACUUGUGGUUCCAUUGUGCGUGGAUAGUGAACUGCAUUGGCAUUUAUUAUUUUUUCCUAUCAUGAAAUAAGACCAAUUAGAGCAGGAACUCCUUUUUUUGUGGGGGGGAGGAAGGUUUUCCGUUGUUUUCAAUGGUUAGCUCUCGGCUCCGCCCCGGUGGAGAACUAAAGAAGGCGGGUCUCUGCAGCGGAGUGAAGUACCGUAUUCUUUCACUUUUUCUAUGGGCAGCAGAGGGAAUUACUCUUUCGCUUUUCCUAUCUCUUGGGGCCGUGAUACGCCUGCUAGCCCCGCCUCCCUCCCGCCGGAUUGGACAAUGUCUGAUCACAAAUAGAGCGCGGGAAGGAAGACGAGGAAGGCGGAGGAGAAAGUUGCGGGGACUCCGGCCUGCGCACUUUCCAAAGAAGCGGCUCGACUGGGAUGCAGGAGGGACGCGUCUCCUAGCAGGACUUCGCCCGGGCCACACCGGUAGAGGUAGCCACUGCGUAGUUUGAUCCUUUUCUCACUUCUCCUAAGAUUCAGUUCCAUGGAAUUCUGUGCGGUUCACACCCAAAUGUGCACCAGAUUGCAGCCUUGCAGCGCGAUCCUACUGUGCGUGUCUCCUCUGAAGUAAGCCCCGCUGUGCAAUGGGCCUCCUCCCCAGAGCUUGAUCAACAGUGCUAUCAACAUGGAUCGUCCGCCCGUUCCUUGGUUGCAACGAUUUGAUAAAGCUUCUCGUCUCCUCCUCUGCACACUGAAGUCUGGGCAUUGGGGGGCCCUGGCUGCUUUCCGUACUCUUCAGCGCUCCCUGUCUGGGCAAGAAGCAAGGCAGGGCUUCAGCUGGUGGACCUUCACAGAGAUUCUGUGUUCUCAAGAGCCUGUCCUCACAGGCUCUGAGGAGACCCUCACCUUAAAACCGUUGCUGUUGCUGCUUCCAGUGUUGUGCCAAAGAAACCUCUUUGCCCUGUUGCUUACAGUACAGUCUACAGUGCCAGAAGCAUGCCUCCAACACCUACUUCAAGCUUCUAGACAGGAUCCCAGCCCUGAUCUAUGGGUGCAGAGAUUGAGGGAUUUUCUGCAAGUGAGGGUGCAAGAGAAUAGCUCCGUAAUGCCAGCCCUACUAUCUGAUUCAUGUCGGCAGCAGCUGAAAUAUAUUUGCCAGAAAGUUAGUUGCGGCAAACCUGAAUUAGAAAGGAAAUUAAGUUGGUGUGCUAAACCGGCAAGUCCUUACAUAACAUGGACUGGAGGUGCUCCUGGUUCUGUGCCUCAGAUAAGGGAAAAUAAGGAAGUAGCUGAGGAACCACUGGAUCCUGAAGAAAAGGUGCUGGAGAAGAGGUCCAGACUGGAAGUUGAAUUGAAUGCAGAACUUUGUGAACCACGUGGUCUAAUGCAGGGAGUUGGAGUUAACACAGGGAAUGAACUCAUGAUGGAGGUGUCUGAGAAUGAAGGUGUUCAUAGCACAAGCAAUGCUGUAUAUCAAAGCUGCCCAAUGGAGGAAGCAGAAGAAGCAAAAGUUGCCAUUUGGAGUCCCCAACAGGGCACUGCAGCCGAGGUCCCUGAUUAUAUCAAGGACCAUGUACCAAAACUAAAAGAACUUCUAGAAAUGCAGUUUGAUCUUUCUGAUGGGAUCGCUCCACCUGAGCUACAAGUUUUUAAUGAAUGUACUCCAAGCCAGUUGGAAGUUCUGUGCUCAUUACUGCAGCUCUCGGAGUGCCCAGACAACAAACUUCUGCAUUUCUGCACUUGGUUAGUCGCACUCUCACCUGAUCUUGGCUAUAGUAAUGCAGCAGUUCUUGCUGAAAAGCUCUUUCUACCUCGGGUUCUCUUGUUGACUGAGCCACCUUCCUGGCCUCUCACAACUGCCCUGAUGAUGUUCUGCUCCAAAUAUUCUCGCCCAGUCUGUUGUAACUUGAUUUCUUCAGUUAUACGGGCUCCAGUAAAAGGCCUUGAGCAGAUGAAGCUGGUGUGCAAACUAAUUGAGGAGUGUUUGGAGCCUGAGUAUGUGAGGCUGGUGUUCAGCCAUAUUAUAGAAAUGCCAUGGUCAGAAGAUCUCCUCGUAGCUGUGCAUUCUUUGCUGGGAAGACAGGUACCGUUAUCCACUGAGCUCUUCAACAUGUUGGUCUUGAAUCUUUGCCAGAUGGCUCAAGAAUUUGCCACAUCAAUGCAUUAUGCAAAUCUGGUUUUGACGGUGUUGACCAAAUACCAAAGCAAUAUUACAUUGGCCCAUCAGCAUCACUUUUCCUGUGCUUUGGACCUCAACAGAACAAUUUUGAAGAAGUCUCUUCAGGCUGCACUGAAGCGAGUGACUUCAAAUAAAGAGGAAACCUGAGUUCCUUUCCUGCGUGGA